UCAGUGUCAUGUCGGAGCCGAGCGCUGAGGCAACAAAAUGGCGGUGGAGGCUUAACGGCGGCCGGAGCGAGACUGAGAUACGAGCUCACAGAGAAACCAUGACAUCAUCGAGUUAAGGCGCUGCAGAAGCUGCUGGCCGACGGUGUCCCGGGGAAUGUGUUGGGUGGCGCGCGGGUGAGCGGUGGGGCCGGCCGGCGGCUCCCGGACUCAGUCAUGGUGAAGCUGGCGAGCCCUCUGUACACGGAGUGGAUCCUGGAGGCCAUCCAGAAGGUGAAGCGGCAGAAGCAGCGGCCGUCGGAGGAACGGAUCUGCCACGCUGUCCACGCGGCCCACGGCCUCCAGAAGCGGCUGGUCGUCGAGCAGCUCCAGCUCAGCGUCCAGGAUGGGUCCGUCCUCAAGGUCAACAACAGAGGAGUGGUCUCGUACAAGGACCCCGAGAACCCGGGGCGGCUCACGGCGACCCCGUCGGCCCCUCUGCCCAGAGCCAGGGUGGUGGGCACGGACAUGCGCACCGUGGACUGGAAUAAGCUCCUUCGGCGGGCGCUGGAGGGUCUCCAGGAGCCCACCGGGUCCUCGCUGAAGGCCAUGGAGAAGUUCCUGCGUGGCCAGGACGACCUGGCCGGAGUCGUCGCCAACCCCAUUUUCGAGAGGAGGCUGCGCAUGGCGGCCAAGAGGGCCGUGAACAGCGGGAGGCUGCUGAAGGUCGGCGCGCAGUACAGACUCCAUUACGGGGGCCACGACGGCAAGGGGGCCCCGAAAUACUGCGGCCCCCUGGGGACCGGCCUCCCCGUCGUCGGCCUGCUGCCCCACGAGAAGGACCAGCCGCGGGCAGACCCCAUUCCCAUCUGCAGCUUCUGCCUCGGGACAAAGGAGUCUAACCGGGAGAAGAAGCCGGAGGAGCUGAUCUCAUGCGCGGACUGCGGGAGCAGCGGUCACCCGUCCUGUUUAAAGUUCUGCCCGGAGCUGACCUCCAACGUGAAGGCUUUAAGGUGGCAGUGCAUCGAGUGCAAGACCUGCAGUGCCUGCCGGAUCCAGGGCAAAAACGCCGAUAACAUGCUUUUCUGCGACUCUUGUGACCGAGGAUUUCACAUGGAGUGCUGCGACCCGCCUCUCUCGCGCAUGCCGAAAGGCAUGUGGAUUUGUCACGUGUGUCAGCCCAAAAAAAGGGGUCGGAAGAUUCUGCAGGAGAAAGCCGCACAGAUCAAGAGGAGAUACGCGAAGCCCAUCGGGCGGCCGAAAAGCAAGCUAAAGCAGCACAAGUUGUGCUCGUCGGGUGAUGGAGGAGCGCUGAAUGCCUUCGCAGGAAGGGGGCCACCUGGUAGGAGUCAAAAAACUAAAGUGUGUCCCCCCACCACCACCCCUCCAUCUGGUCAUGCUGAAUCCGUGAAGGAACCCAGCAACAGCAGCCUGGCUGCAAGCAACCUCAUCCGGCCUGGCCCCCAUCACAUCACUUCCACCUUCACCUCCGCCUGCUCCCCCCUCAAAGUUAACAAGAAAACAAAAGGCCUCAUUGACGGGCUCACUAAGUUUUUCACUCCCUCACCCGAGGGGCGCAGGUUCCGUGGUCGGAUCGUAGACUUGUCCAUGCACUGCCGGGCCAGGAACGAGCUCGCUGACCCCGAGCCUUUUCCGCUUCACGUGCCAGCCACGAGUACCACACACAAGCCUUCACAUCCUCCUCCUCCUCUCUCGCUUGCGAACCCCGUCUCCAAUCACAGCCCGGGCUCCCAGAAAUCCAGCAAUUCCAUCAGCUCUACGUCCCCUCGGAGCUCCUCCAGCCACUCCAGUGCCCCGUCCUUUAGAAGCCUUCCCAGUAACAGCCAACUGAAGGGGCUCUUUGACGGACUGUCCCACAUCUAUGCCACCCAGGGCCAGCCACGCCAAAAAAGCCAUCCGAGCUACGCACCUCCCAAGCGCGUUCGACGCAAAGGCAGACUCUAUACCUCGGCCCACUUCUUUAGCAUGAGGGAUGCUAGGGCUAGACUCCUUCUCCCGCACCCCGUCCCUCCUAACUGGGCAGCGGCCAGGGGACGGGCGCUGAAAGCCAUCUCCCACUUCAAGCGCUCAACGUUGCUUAAAAACCACGUGACUGUAGGCAGGUUAAAGUAUAAAGCGGGACCCUUAGGGGCGGGAUCCAGGACUCCAGGGAAAGUCGGCCAGACAGACAACAGGAUUAUGGCCAACCAAGAUGAUGCCGUGGAUUCAAAAACAUGCGCAAAGCCAGAGAGCUGGGAGAUGGGUUUGCUGAGCCGAGUGGACACUUUGACCCAAGAAGACGUGGACAUAUUCAGGCAAGCGCGAGAACUCUCGUUCGAGAAAAUAGGAUGCAAGAAUGUCCCCGACAACAUCGGCCGCUACCCUUCCGUUAUUGAGUUCGGCAAGUACGAAAUCCAGACGUGGUACUCAUCGCCUUACCCACAGGAGUAUGCAAGAUUACCGAAGCUCUACCUGUGUGAGUUCUGUCUGAAGUACAUGAAAAGUAAGGGUAUGCUCCUGCGCCACCUGAAGAAAUGUGGCUGGUUCCACCCACCGGCCAAUGAAAUCUACCGCAAAGACGACCUCUCUGUAUUCGAGGUGGACGGAAACGUCAGCAAACUCUAUUGCCAAAACCUGUGUUUGCUGGCAAAGCUGUUCCUGGACCACAAGACCUUGUACUACGACGUGGAGCCAUUCCUCUUUUAUGUCCUCACCAAAAAUGACAAGAAGGGCUGUCAUGUGGUCGGAUACUUCUCCAAGGAGAAGCUUUGCCAGCAGAAGUACAACGUCUCCUGCAUUAUGAUCUUGCCUCAGUACCAGCGUCAGGGAUUUGGAAGGCUCCUCAUCGACUUCAGUUACCUGCUGUCUCGCCGCGAGGGCCAGGCCGGCUCUCCCGAAAAGCCCCUGUCCGACCUGGGCAGGCUGUCCUACCUGGCGUACUGGAAGAGCGUCCUCAUCGAUUACCUGUCUUCUCACCGGGAGAAGCAGGUCAGCGUCAAAGGACUUAGCCGGGCCACGGGGAUGUGCCCCCAUGAUAUCGCCACCACUCUGCAGCAUCUCAACAUGAUCGACAGAAGAGGGGACAGGUUUGCGAUCAUCAAGAGAGAGAAGGUCAUGGCGGGUCACCUCCGAAAGGCUAAAGACCGCUCUUGUGUCAAUGAGGUGGAUCCAGAGUGUCUCCGGUGGACGCCAGUCAUCCCCUCCAGCGCCGCCAUGUCCGAAGAGGAGCGAGAAGCUGAAAAGGAGGCUGAGCGUCUCAUGGAACAGGCGAGCUCUGGGGAUCGGGACUACCAGCGCAUGCAUGCGUCCCGUUACACCAAGCAGUCGCCUCCCAAGGAGCAGUCCGCCGCGAAAUAUCUGCUCCUCGCGGAGAGCAGCCCGCUCCCAGCAGACAGGGGGAAGCAGGAGGCAAGCGAGAAGGAGGACAGAGAGGAGGAAGACGAGAGCCAAGAAUCCUCACCCCCGACGCUGGCAGUGAAGAGGAAGAGAGCCUUCAGCCUGAGGAGGAAGCGGGGGCGCAAACGCGGCCGAAUUAACAGCAGCGUCACUACCGAGACCAUCUCUGAAACCACAGAGGUGCUGGACGAGCCCUUUGACGACUCUGAUCUGGGCAUCCCCGAUCCGCAGCCCACUGACCCGAGCGUCAAGCCUGACCAGAGGAAGAGCGCUCAACGGUCCCAUCAUGUGCCAAGCGGAGCCGUGUCCGACGCAGGUCAUGCAGAGGAAGCAACACCAGGGAAGACCGCAAAUAAACACGUCCCCGCUCGCACUCCACGAAAGCAAGGGUGGCCGAAGGGAGUGAAAAGAGGACCCAGGAGGGGACGCAGCAUGGAGCGAAAUGCUGGCUUCAAACUCAACUUGUAUACUCCGCCAGAGACUCCCAUGGAGUCCGACCACCAGGCUCAGGGUGACGAGGUGAAGGAGGAAGGGGAGGAUAAACUUGCCCCUCAAGAGGUUGCAGAGGAAACCAGCAAAGAUGUUGACGUUAAAGAAGAGGCCGCCCCUAUCUCCUCGGAGCCAUCCAGCCCGCACGCUGCCAAACCGGAACAGACAGAAGCUGGAGACACAAAAAUGACGGGAGAUGCCAUGGGUGAAGAAGAGGAAACCAAGAAAGAGGAAGAUGAGCAGCAGGGAGGCGAUGAGAACAAGGAGGACACAGAAGUGGAAGAGAAACCAGACAAAGGAGCGGAGAAGAUGGAUGUUUCAGUGACCGGGCAGACAGAUCAGCGAGUGGCUGCGGAAGAAGAAGAAGAGGAUGAUGAGGAAGAACGUUCUCAGAACGAUGAUCAUGAUGCAGAUGACGAGGAUGAGAGUCAUCUGGACACAACAAAGAAAGAGAUACCAGAGGAGACGUUUCAGGAAACCUUAGCGGAGCAGGAGGCUUUGCUAGCUCUUGGCAUGGCGAAUAGGACAUCUGAGGGAGAUGUCUCCACCAGCAGCUGCAGUGAAGUAAAGGCGGUGGAACCCGUUAACGACACGCCCAGGAACCCAGAUCCUGCAGCUGAAGCAGAAGAGCAAGCCCCGGCUCCCGAUGAGCCUGUAACCGAAGAUCUGCUGCCUGCGCUCCAAGGGGGCGGCGGGGGGACGUUGGACAUUGACUCGGAAACGGCGCAGGCUGUCCAGUCUCUUACACGGGAGAGCGAAGAACACGAAGAUGCCUACAGAGAAUGCGUAGAGGCCCCAGAGCCCUGCCACGGUCUUCAGAACUACGUCCAAAGCCCAGCUGUGGGCGUUUCAGAUGAGUGCCAGCCACCGGACCACAGCAGCCCUGUCUCCUCUGUUCAUUCGCAGCCUGCUCAGUCGGCAAGGUCAGCGAGCAGUCCCAGUGCCCCCCACAUGGACAGCAGCUAUGCCCAGAUAAGCCCAGAACAGACUGGCAUGCCUGUCCCUUCCCUUCAAAGCCUAGAGACCAGCCCAAUGAUGGAUGUCCCGUCUGUGCCUGACCACUCGCAGCAGGUGGUGGACAGCGGGUUCAGUGACUUGGGCAGCAUUGAAAGCACUUCAGAGAACUAUGAUAAUCCCAGCAGUUAUGACUCUGCCAUGGGAGGGGGUAACCUGUCCUCUCAGAACAGCUGUUCAUACAGCGGGGGGCUGACCUCUUCCAACUUGACCCAGAGUAGCUGCGCCGUAACUCAGCAGAGGUCCGCUAUGAACAGCAGCUGCAACAUGAUCGGGUCACCACCGCCUCAGGCCCAAUGUAACGUUAAGUCCCCGCAAGCAUGUGCUGUGGAGAGACCCCCGAGCAGCGGGCAGCAGCUUGCACCGUGCGGCAUGUCCGGCUCUGGCUUCACACUGCAAGACAUCCCCGAGACGGGAGGAGGUGGCUUGGGGUCGCUUUAUGACCGGUUGGGCCAAGGGGACUUUGGACCUGGCCAUUACCCUCAGCCCUCUGCUACUUUUAGUCUUGCCAAACUUCAGCAGCUGACCAACACCUUAAUGGAUCACUCCCUGCCUUACAGCCACGCGCCGGCUGUUACGUCCUAUGCAAGCAGUGCCUCCCUCUCUUCGUCCCUGAGUAACAUGGUACAGCUUUCCCAGUCUCCGCAUUCUGUGCCCCCUCAGUCCCAGGCCACCAUGACCCCUCCCCCAAACCUUACCCCGCCACCCAUGAACCUGCCCCCUCCCCUUCUUCAACGCAACAUGUCCAGUGGUCAAAUGGGGCUUUCCCACAGCCAAAGGCUGCAGUCCCAGAUGUCUGGCAAAAGCGCCAUGUCAAUGAGGACCAAGGUGUCUGCGCUGCCCCCAGGAGCCUCUUCCGGGCCCCACCCGCCCCAGUUGUACGGCCACGCACCUCCCCCCCAGACUGUGGCCAUGCAAGCUCCUUCUCGCUCGCUCGCCAUGCAACGCGGGAUGAACAUGAGUGUCAACUUAAUGCCAGCACCAGCGUACAAUGUGAACCCGGUCAACACGCUCAACGCCAUGGGCGGCUACCGUAUGCCGCAGUCCAUGAUGAACAGUGGCUACCAUGGCAACCACGGCUACAUGAACCAGACCCCUCAGUACCCGAUGCAAAUGGGCAUGAUGGCCAGUCAGCCCUAUGCUCAGCAGUCGAUGCAGGCCAGUCCUCACGGCAACAUGAUGUACUCCAGCCCCGGCCAUCACGGCUACAUGAAUACGGCCAUGCCCAAACAGUCGCCGCUCAACGGGUCGUACAUGAGGCGGUGAGCUGCCCUUGGGGUUACCAGCAUCCCAUACCCUGCUCCCCUAACUCAAAGUAUAAUCUGCACUACAAAAGCUGAUACGGACUGACGGCCAUCCCAGAAGAGACGGACUCGGCCCGGCUGUCCACCAGUCCCAUCCCCCACCGCGUGCACUCUCCCUCCUUCCUGUUAUUCGGCCCUCCACCUUAUCCCAGGCCAGUAUUUUAGGAUGUAAUGCAGCUUUCUUCUCCUUGCCCCUCCAUGUCGGUCAAACCUUGAGCAACGGGAAGGCGGUUCCGCUACGUGUCGGUCAUGUUCUCGUCUUCCUAGUUUCUCUCCCACGCCUCCUUCACCUUUUUUUUCCUUUUUUUUGGCACUGAU